AUGAAACCCACGAGCUCCCCAUCUUUUCCGGAAGAAACAAAACAACCCACCGCCCAAAACUAUGAUGAAGUAAAGAUAAACGAAGCCGAGCUUCUCAACAAGCGCCAUCACCUCGUCGUCGGUAAGCUCAAAGCUUCCGGGAUCGGCGAUGCCAGACGAAUUCUUGUAGUCGUGCUCGCCAUCACCAUCAUCGUCGUGACCAUGGAGAGGCCCGAUGUUGAUGAGAAUGCCACCAGGCUUAAGACAGCUAAAGAUGACCCCGAGGUAUCGAAUAAGGUUCGGUGCGGUGUCGAGGAAAAGACGGCUGCCACGGCGUCAUACGUCUCGCGAUGGUCGGAAUCUCCGUAG